AUGUAUAUGUACUUACAAGUUCACACGGAGAGCUACAAUAAUGGAAAAGCUGACUCAAGAAGGGCUAGAAAAGAAACAAGAGUCACGGAACAAGUAGUCACUUUCAAUCUCAGUAUACAGUACACUAGCGCGACGUGGUGUGUGUGCAAAACAGGACUGAGUGACUCAGUGCUACAAAAGACAUUAGACUAUGCUUGCGGGAAUGGAGCUGACUGUAACCCAACUCACCCAAAAGGGUCUUGCUUCAACCCCGACAAUGUUAGGGCUCAUUGUAACUAUGCUGUCAAUAGCUUCUAUCAAAAGAAAGGUCAAGCUUCUGAAUCUUGUAAUUUCACUGGAACUGCCACUCCUACCACAACUGAUCCCAGCUACUCAGGAUGUGCAUUCCCUUCUAGUGCUAGUGGCUCUGGAGGAAGCAGCAGCACCGUGACGCCAGGCAAAAGCAGUCCAAAAGGAAGUAACACCAUCACCACAUUCCCCGGCGGAAACAGUCCAUACACCGGCACACCAACCACCGGUUUAUUAGGAGGCAAUGUCACUGAUGCUACCGGAACCGGGUUUAACCCGGAUUACUCAACCGAAAGCAGCGGUGUCACGCUCCGUAACUCCAAGACCUUAUUCCUCUGCUUGAGAACAAUUAACAAUGUAAAACCGAAUCGGUUUGAUACGAAUUCGAUUUCGUUGUUUGGGGAACAUAAGCCUCUAGUUCGGUUAGAGUGUCCCCUCGAAUCGAUGAAGAACAGAGACAAUAAUCCUUCAGUAAGAUCAUCGCUUCUUUCGAUUCAAAUUCCAAGAUUCGAGAACAGGGAUAAAAGUCCUGCGGAGCCUUGUCACAUAUGUGGGGAUAUCGGCGUUGGGAAUUCUAUUAUGACUUGUUACAACUGCAGAGAAGUCAGAGAGCAUAUUUAUUGCGCAAAGAUCCGUUUACGAUCUUUACCGGACAUGUGGCUAUGUCAAGCGUGCAGAUCCUCAACUCGUGUCUUACAUAUUUCGAACAAGAAGAAGGCUUUAUCAACCGAUUAUAUGUUAUCCAGUAGUGAUGAUCCAAGCAAGAAACACAAACCGCCAUUUCUCGCUUUUCCUUCUCCAAAGAGAAAACGCCGGACGCCUCGGUUUGAGGUUACUGAAGAGACUAACAGUCGUCAAGGAUCUCAAAGCUCGUAUCCUUGUGUAUUUCGUCAGAUUAAUUGAGACACUGUUAACUUCACCUGAGCUUAUUUGCUUAAGUAAUUAGGGCUCGUAGAGUUUUACUCUCCUUGGGGUUCAAGUUACUUAAUUACUGGCUAUGUAACGUUGGUUUCAUGUCAUGUGACGUCCUGUGGUCGCCAUUCUAUCUUGGUCACUCUGCCUCCUGCUUGAAACUCACUUUUUGUGCUUGUUUUAAAAUUUUAUUUUCAUCAUAUUUCAUGAUUAAAGUUUGUAUUUUCUAAACUAAAAAAAAUGUUGGUUCAAAUUUUAUUUUGAGAGCUC